AUGGCCGCACUACUAUCAUCUUCCAGGAGACGAAGAAAGGAUCGGUCGUGUCAUUUUUGUGGGGCUAGCAAACCAUCCGAGUGUGACUGUGGAGGGUGGACAAGGAAGGAUGAGAAUGGUAAUCUGAUCGACUAUCUCCCUCAAAUGUCAGAUCCCAGCUUAAACCCCAAACCUCACCAAGCCUUUUCGAUCCCACGAAUCUUGACCGUCUCUCGAAGUCCUACUACGCCCAAAGGCAGCUCCAACGAUCGAGGAAAUCCGUCUUCUUCUGAUUCACCCUUCUGCUCGACUUGCUUGGCAAACCAAAACCUCCAACUCAAUCUUCUUGCCAACUAUCUUCCGGGUGACUUGGACCACCCACAAUCACGCAGUCGAGCUGAUUCUCCUACUAGGACAUUGAUGGACAAUUUACCCGCCUACAAGGCUUCCUUAGAGGCUCGUUAUCCGAUACUCUGUUCGAGUUGUUCGAAGAAGGCCUCUGAAUUAAUCAAAGAGAGGAACUACAAAGUGAAGGCGUUCUCCCUAAACGAAUCAGUCAAACGGCUCGCCAAACCAUUCAAAUCCACUUUCAUGAACUCAAAUCACGCCCACUCCGCUUCCUCAAACAACAAUACCUCACUCACACUUUCCGGUAUGGGUGGGAAACUUUGGAGACUCCAGGAAUGGCUUUGGAGACUUCAUGGAGUCGCUUGGCUUUCUUCCUAUCUCGUCAGCUCCUCAGUCGCAAUCUAUUCUUCAUUCACAUUUCAAUGUAAACCAAUCCUCAUCAGUCCCACCUUCUCAACCAGAGCAUCUCUACUCGGCCUCCCAAUGAACUCCAUAAGCUAUUGCUUCCUUGAACUUGGUUGCAGUUGUUUUGAUUUCACUUGGGCUAGGGUGCGAAAAAAUCGAGCACAAGGGAUCCGGACGAAAGUUAUUGGAAAACGUUGGUUUCUGUGUUUGAACGUGAUUGGAUGUCUCCUUCGUCUACCGUUCUGGUUUUAUUCAUUUGACGCAGAAAUCCAAGCGGACGUGAACGCAUACAUUUGUGGAAUAUCCAAGUCAUUUGGAAUCCUGAUCUAUGGCAUGUUCGGAGCGCUUCAGUUAGCACUCCUCGCAGCUUCCCUCACUAUCCUCACGACCGAUUCUCCGAUCGGAGUCAAAUCCUUAGCCACCUCUCAAACCCGAAGUUUAGCCCAAUCGACGCCCAAGCCAACGGCCGGACUUGCGGAGCACGAGCUCUUUUCGACUCUAUCACUGGCUCGUCCAUCACCAAGUUCAUCACUGAAUCAGGCGGCUCAUCUUAACUCGCCCACGACGGUCGGUGGUGGUCCACGCAACAGUCGUCUACAAGGAGAACCCGCAUUCGGAAAACUGAGCUCGCUGCAAGGGCCUUUUAAUGAACCUGUCGGCCAGCCGUGGAACCCUUCAGCUCCUCCUCCACCGGAUAAUGAAACGUCUGGUGGAUCUAAGGAAGUCUCGAUGGAUUGGGAACCCAUGAAUGCCCACCGAGAUUCUCAACUCAACGAUAUCCUCUUAAGGCCUCAAACUUUCAUACCCCCACCUCCGUUUAGAGAAGAAACUGGGAUCGAGGAGCUCUUCCAGGAUAAAGCGAAGUUGAUAGAAGCAAAUGAUAUCGAUCAUGAUCAAAAACCAUCUGGUUGGCUCAAACAAUUGUUUUCGGUCAAGCCACCCUUCAAACAAGAAUCAUCUUCUCGUCUUCUUUAGUUUUCGUUUUGCUUGCUCUCUUUGUUCUUCUCUGUGAGAAUAAAUGAUAUAUUAUACCUUUUAUUUUUCUUGGACUUUUGGAAUGUUUCUAAUUUUCUUUCUUGCCUUGAAAACUCUUAUUAAUCGUCUUUUAUUUUCAUUCGUUUCUUUCUGUCUUUCUGAAUAGUCAUUUGUCCUUAAUAUUCUUUAUAUCAUCUUGACCUCCGGUUUUGCACAUAGCACCGGGACAACAGAAACCUGUCUUUUAGUUCUUAGACGUUGUACCUCAUUCGUCUUUUCCCCUCUGUCUUGACGAUACCUUGGUAUGUAUGCAUGUAGUUAUCUCCAACUAAAUACGAUCCACCGGACUCCGUUUCAUCAUCAUGUCUUCUCCUCUUAUGACCAUCAACAACAAUGCUCAACGCCCAACGCCAGCCCCUCAUCACCAUAUCCUCCCAAUCCACAUCCUCCUAUUCUCAUCCAUCUUUCAAUGGUUGUCAGGGCCCCUAUAUGAAUGACUUUGAGUGUUAACUUGCUCAUUGUAGCUCGAUCGCGAUACUAUGUAAUUUCUUGGGUACGGUGGUACGCAAAAAC